GUUGAAUGCAACUCUAAAGCAGGUUUGAGUUGGCCACCUUUAGCACUUCCGGCGUCGACAUCAGUCCGAGGCGAGUGUACCGUAUCCGUCCGGGCCUGAUGUCCUAUAUUUUCAUUGCGUUCGAUAUGGCUAUGGCCCGCCACGCUGCUAUUAUAUGACUGUCGAGGUCUCUUUGCUGUAUGAUUGCCUGUGAUCCUACUCUGCUGAAGCGAGCCUGCCUUCCAUUCUGCUAGUGAUCUAUUGGCAUCCUCAGUGUCUUGUCUUGUUCCAAGUUUUAAAUAUGUCCUUGUUGGGCUUUUCCGGCCCUGAUUUCGGCGGGAUCGCGCUUGUCGCGCUGCUACGCGGAGAAAUUGCGGCUGCUCCCGAACUGGUUGAUCCUUUACGUCAGUUACAUCUAAUAUGCCUAAUCGUGGAAGCCGGAAUUUCGGCGGCGCAGCUGCAACGCGUGGUCUUUUAAGGGUAUCUGUUAUUCUCGCUUGGUGCUGCGGGCGUUGCCUCAACAUUGAGGCUACUUGAGAACGUGGGCGUUUCUCGCGGUUGAACCCUAGAGUGCGAUGCUUGUCGCGUUGCUUUGCUUUCCUUGGAGCUGGCGGUAGCAUGUAGUCAAUACGGUUAUCUUCAGGAAUGUCAUCAGCAUCGUCUCCUGCAAAUAAAUCACCUGUGUCCAUCAAUUCUGAGAGAAUUUCACCCGAGGUUUGAUCAGCACGGGUUGGCUCAUCGUCGGAACUUGAGUCAUCAGGCAUGAGGAGAGCAUUCGAACGCAUUCCUUGGUUAUGGGUAUUGCUUCUAUCUCUCAUUAUUCUCCGGGCCACACCUUUACCGCUCUGGCGACGAUUGCGUAAGUAGCUAAGUCUUGCUUUCUCGGCCGCUGCCUUCUCCCUUUCCUGUUGCUGUUUAAGGUCAAGUCGUGGCCAUGAGGCCGGUAGCACCCCCUUAAUUCUCCGCCUAAGCCGUUGGAUUUCAAGAGUCGCAUGAUCUUCUGGUUCGUCCAGGUCUUCCGUUACUUCUGGUGGGUCUAUUUCUUCCACAUCAUUAACAUCUUCCAUCGACGGUAGCAAUUGUGACUGUGAUGAGUUAUUUCCCGUUUUCGAAUGAGUCUCAAGAUCAAGGCCCAGGCUGCCGCCACGAGGGAACCGGAAUUUGGCUGAUUUCUGAAGCCCAUUAACCGGUGAUUCUUGUCCAAACGGGGGCGAGGACGAGGGAACAUCGAAGACAUCCUCAGGUUCAAGUGGCGGAGUUCCCAUCAAUCGAUUGUCAACGACGACCUGUAUUUGGUUUGGUCUAGCCGCCUGGGGCUCAUUUCCACGGACCCCGCUAUAAGUGCGAGAUAUUCUUCUACGCUUCCGGUUGGAGCCAUUUGCAUCACGUCUCGACAGUGGUAAUUUGGUAGAGCUUGAAGACGGAGAUCUAGGUGGGAACCGGAACGACGCUGCCGGGCUGCUCGAUGGAGGGGCAUUUUCAUCCACGAACUCCUGGCCUUGAGACUCUUCCUGGCGAUUAGAAUCACUGUCUGCGGGUGCUAUACGAAUCGGGCGUAUAUUGUGACUUGCACACCAUCUCUGGUAUUCCACCUUGUCCGCUAAGUAAGGGUGGAGGUUGAUGAAAUUCCGACCCCGCAGCGUUCUCUUUACUCCCGGAUUUCGAAAAGAUGGCGGGGUUUGCGGAUUCGACGGAGCGGGUGACAAAGACGAAUCUUCGGUGUCAUUCCCUCCAUCCUCCUUCGAAAUUUUGAAUUGCGAGUCCUUUUUAGCUGGAGUACGUGGUCGGAAGUGUUCCUCGAAUUGUAACUCAUCAGGGGAGGAACUCCGGUCAGUACUUGAUGGGAAACAAUGAAUGGCAUCCGAAGAAGAUGUGGUGUUUCCAGUAAUGGUACUGGGUAACUCAACCCUCGAGAUAAAAUUACUCAAGCCAUCAUCAUAUUGGAGCGGGUCUUCGUCUAGAUCAUCGCCCUCAGAAGGUGCGUUACCAAAUCCCUGGGUAACGAUCUGAGAAUCGGGAUUCUCCUCCACUUGUUCUUGUGCCUGGUCUCCCAGGGGAUACAGAUCCUCCGUGAUAAAUUCCUGUCUAUGCGUAUUGGAUUCCGUUAUCUUUCCGGCCUCUUCAACCAGCCUAUCCGUUUGCUGUUUCUCGAAACGUUCGCUGCAAGAUACUGAGAGAUCAUGGAACUCCGGGCCAUCUUGCACCUGAUAUCCGAGUUUUCCAUGCGCACUCGCGUGCUCCGUAGAAUGUUCAUCAUCCCCAUGUGAACCGGGUGUCAAAGUCUCUCCGGUCCCUUCACUUAAUUUAUUGCUUUGCUGACUGUCGAAUUCGUCUUCCUCAUCCGAGUCUGGAACAAAGCCACGCUCUCGCCAUAAUUCCAUUUGCAAGCCAACAGUGAUAACCCAUCGCCUUAUGCUGUCAUAGUAAAUAAUAAGUUAAAUAAGCGGAAUUUAUGGUGUUAGGUGAAUUCGAAAAGGGUUUUCGCAAGUUCGUUGGCGGCGAUUGGAAACGUUGUAUUCGACGCGUCGUGAAACACGCGACGGCAAUCGCGAUCAGUAUCACGUGAUGUCGGCUUGCGAUUUUCUAAAAUCCUAGAGCAUGCAAGCAGUUUUUUUCUCCCUCCGGGAUUCGCUUUCGUUAACUGAUCAAUUGCACAAACAAUCCUUGCCUACGAUGGGUCGAAUGCGUGGGUUCAUCCCAGUUGCCUUAGCUGUGGGUUUUGGUGUCCUCAAUGGAUAUGUGACAUUCGCGCCGUCGUUUCUGAGCUUAGAGGCGGAUAAAAAGCAUGAGAAGGCACACGGGACGGAAUCAGCAACGCCAUCACAACCAUCUCAACCGCUACAGCCAUCCCAGCCAAAGCCAGUCGUGGACAAUGUAGCCGCUAUGCCUGAGGAUAAAAAUAGCACUGCUAAAACCGUAUCGGAAUCGCCCAAACAAUAGCCGGAAGCUAUCUCCGCAAAUUUUUGAGGCGAAGUCAAAACUAUACGAUUACCGAUCCGAAGGCUGUCGUAUAUUUGUGAUUUACCAUAUCAGCAAACGGCAUGAUGUGAAUAUAUCUACCCGCAUAGACAUUGAAAGCCAGGAUCGUGCGGACGCCUGUAAACAUAGGGCAAUUUUCCAUGCUGAGAUGGACGUCACCUGCUGGUUCUACUAAGAGGUACCAAGUCGAAGGAGACAAUAUGACGAUAUUUUACCAGCUUCGGGCUGAAGGAAUCUUCGUACCAGGGCCCCUUGCUCGCCUGGACCCUAUAUAUACAGUCUCCUAGAGUUUGGGAAUGAUAGAUAUGGUAUAAGCCUGGCGAUGUGAAGAAAAAGAGUACAAUUACUCCGUAAAGUUUUGACCGAAAGAUGUUUAAUUCACAAAAUGGUCCAACAAAAAUAGGAGCCAACGAAACUUUUGGGAAGUUUCCUCGAAGAAAAUACUCAGCUGGCAGUGAGGUACAGGAAACGUCUGCAUAUGCAUAUAUUUUUUAUACGUCGAGAUACUCAGGGGCUACUAUAUAUUACACCUACUAAUAGGGCUGUUUUUGUAUGCAGAGUUUCCAAUUUAUACAAGCGGGGGUACUAUUUUAUAGCCCUAUCCAACCGAUAUAUAUAAAAAAUAACUCCACCCUUUUGGUAGUAAUACACAAUAUGCCCGUAUUGCCCUCGCCUCCCAAUAAAUAUGAAAGCCAUCCCGCACAUUAAUGAAAAUAGUCCGAAAUUGAAAUGCACCUCUAAACGCCUCGCUGGUAUAAAGGAAUAACAGAGGGAAAACAAAGCCAUUUUCAAUGGUUUUACACCUCUUCCACAAGUCGGUGGCCCCGGCUAGGCUCAGUACGCCGAUUCGUAGGCAUAUUUCCAAAGAUCCGCCCGGCUGGUGUCCCAAACCAUUCCUCCGGCACCCCAACGCGACGACCAUCACGGUUAGAAACAUAUCGUAUCAUUAUCGGGUCAGGCUUUUCGGGUUCCUGUGGUUCUUGGGUUCUAGGGGUUGUGUCACCAGCGGCUGCGGUUUCGGCUGCAGAGAUCUUGCCCCGUCGUUUGGGGGCUUGUUUUUUGAGUAAUUUGUUAAUUGUAUCCAUCUUAAUUUAUUUUCAGACUUGUUAGUUAUGUUCCAUUUGGAAUAGAGAAUAGAUGCG